AUGAAUAACAGUACAAUUUCACGCUCCAUUCCACAAGGAAACCAAGCUAACGAGAUGACAACAGACCGAGAGGAGCGGCUGCAGAUGCGGCAGCGCGGAGCAGCGACGCGCAAACCUAAAGAAAUCGACUUCGGAUUCUCGUUUGGACUCGCCUCAGCAGCAGAAGAGCCCACCUCGCAGACCACGUCACAACCGGCUGAAACUGGGAUUGUUACUGAGCUGGCUGCACCUCCAGCACCAACACCAGUUCCGGAGGUAACAGGACCGCCGAAUGUAUCGCCCGUAAGGGCGCCGUCUGUAUUACAUGGUCUGGAAUCAAGUCAGCGGACACCAAGAAGCGCGCGCAAUGGUCUCCCCGAACGACCGUCGAUGUUCGAUAUCCCCUCCGACGAGAACGUGGAGCUUGAGCGCAGCAAUAAAAGGAGAAAGAUCGGAUCUCCUAGCAAGUUUGCUGCUGUUACUACAUCCACUGGUCUCGACCUUACAGUUCCCGAUAAUAGCGACUCGCAGCCCCUGCCGAACGAGAGCGCGUCAAAUGCGCCAAUCCCAGCCCCAAAUGAACCCGACAGCUUACCUUCAGUUAUCACGGUACAGGCACCACAAAAUGUCUUGGAAUCCGAUGCUGCGGCAGCCUCUAGUGGUCCAGUCGGGGGCGAGAUGCAGAAGGCAAAUGGUAAUGCAGGUGCCAACCAUGCAGGCGGAGCGGUUACAAUAAUCUCGGAUGAAUUACAAGCGCAAAUUGUCUCAGCUCCACCACCUGCAGACAACGAUCGCAACAUCCCAGACUCAGAAUCUCACAACCGUGCACCGCCACAAGAUUAUGUGGCACCAGAUCAAUUGGUGAUGACGCAGUCACCAGCAGAACCCGAUAGAACAGAGCCAACGCCGCCAAAGCAAGUGCCGCCAGCGCAAGUGUCACUAAAACAAAGAUCACCCAAGUCGAGGUCACCCGCACAAAGGUCAUCGAAGCAAGUGACACCAGAGCAAGGGCUACCGGAGCAAACGAUACCGGAACAAACGGCAUCAAAUGAAGCGAUAUCAGAACAGCUAAUAACAGAAGAAAUAGCACUGCAAGAAGUGAUAACACGGCAAGCAACACCGCAACAAGACUUGCCGGAACAAGUGGUGCCGGAAUCAGGCGUGCCAGAGCAGGCUGAUGAGUCCGCACAGCAAGCUACGCAAUCUUCCCAAGGAGGGGAUACACAGCAGGUUUCUAUAGUCGACGCAGGAGAGUCUCAGCCUCAACGCCAGAGGCGACCUCGCGGCAGACCGCCCGCGGCUAGCCGAGCAGGCUCAUCUGCUAACGCAAGCACCCAAAAGGCGAAAGCAGGAUCGAUAGAAGUCUCUCCACCCCCGGUGAACGGUAACCAGAGGCUUCGAAGCAGAGGUACAAGGACCGGUCAGAGCACUUCCAGAGUUGCUGCUGAGAACGGUGCGCUGAAUGGUGCACCAGCUCCAGAACAGGAGGAGACUCAGCCUGAGGCGAAGAGCGAUAACAUUACAAACAAGGAACAGGAAGCAGAAACGACAGUUCCGCAACAUCUGGUUCGAAAAAAGAAAGGGCGUGCUGGACGUCCUGCUAAAGUCCGUCCUGCAGAAAUUGAACAAGACAAGCCCCAGCCCUCAGAUCAAAAUGCAGAGCAAGAGACGCAAAAAGACCCUGAGAAGGAACAAGAGCCAGAGUCUCAGCUAGAAGUCGAGAAAGAAGCUCAGAUCCCACCUGCAAGUGCAGAUGAGUCACAAUUACACAGGCAACCCGAAUCUGCCUUAAGACCCAAGAAGCGCCGCGGUAGACCAUCAUUGGCAUCGAAACGAAACGAAGGCAAUGCAGGUGGGGCUGAGGAGCGGCAGGAGCGGCAAGAAACGCAACCGGAGACCGGGGAGGAAGCUCCUCAGCCCGUGAAAAAGAGGACUAGACAACCACGAGGCGAGACCGUACCAGUGACUGUUCAUCGUCUCGUGAAUGUCGCUUCACUAGCAGAACUUUCACGGCCCGAUUCGCCGGCCGAGGAAGAGGACUCGGCUGACGAACUCGCUGCGCGACGGAAGACCAAACUUCCCAAGAGAGGCGGCGUGAACCCGGCCGACGUGUUAAGCCAGAUUUGCCGGGAGACACUAGAAAAGACACUCACGACACUCAAGAACGGAAUUGCCAACGAGACGAAUCCCGCCCGGCGGGCGGAGUGGACACGCAAGAAGAAAGCCGUCGAGGCAUUUGAAACGGAGCUCGAGGGACGACUGUUCGAGCUGAGCGAGAUGCUCGAUAGCAAUUUCGUUCUGAGCGUCCAAUUGAGGAAAGCGAAACGGGAAAUGAUGGACUUGCGUGGUCGCCUGUAUCAGGUGCGCAAAGAAAGAGAGGGGGUAGCAUUGCGUGUGGAUGCCGUCCGCAGAAAGCAUGCGGAGGAGGAAGAGGCAAGAAUGGCCCGCAUGUCAAUCAGCAAUUCCCUGCAUAGCCUCGAGCUGGCGGUUGAGCGAGGCCAGAACCGUGCCUCGACUGCUGCAGACGAGGAGGAUCCAACCGAUGCCUCCCCAACCUCUGGUCUGGAAUUUCUGCUCCGCAGCGUGGCGGAGAACGUGAGCUCCGCGGCUCCAGGAGCUCAAGGUGGGCUCUUAGAUCAGAUGAAAAGCCUCAAUGCACAGCUAGAAGCUACAGCACGGAGGCUGGAGAGUUGA